GAUGUAAAAGUUGAAUUUAAACUUACAUAUUUGUGAAGUGAUAUAUCACAUGCUAAUACAUCUUCUCAAAUAUUUUUAAUUUUUCUCAUAACCAUCUCAGUGACAUAAAAAUAAUGAGCGGACAUUUCCAGAUCAAAGUAGUUACCCGACAUUGGUACAGUGGUGCAAUUUAUCAAUGCAUGUGCAUGUGUUCCACAAACUGUUCGUUUCUUUGCCAACGCCUCCAAAUCCAAGGCUCCAAAUCUCCAACUACCGAGCCGUGUGCCAGCGAGCCUGUGACUGAGCAGAGUGCCAGAGAGCACCGAGGAGUCGCGGCGCACCGGCGAUGGGCACGGCGCCGGCGCCGGCGCACGUCCUCGUGUUCCCGUGGCCGAUUCAGGGCCACCUCAACGUCAUGCUCCACCUCGCCGUGGCGCUCGCCGGCGCCGGCGUCCACGUCACCUUCCUCCACACCGACUACAACCUCCGCCGCCUUGGCGCCGCCGCCGCCGCCGCGGUGGCCUCGCCAUGGCUCCGGUUCAUGUCCGUCACGGACGGCCUCCCCGACGACCACCCCCGCACGGUGGCCAACCUCGGGGAGAUCAGCCGCUCCCUCCAUACGGCUGGCCGCGCCGCGUACCGUGCUCUGCUCGCCUCGUCGUCGCAGCUGGUCCCCGCGGACGCAGCUGGCGGCGGCGCCUUCCCGCCGGUGACCACCGUCGUGGCGGACGCCCUCCUGCCGUUCGCCAUCGACGUCGCCGAGGAGCUCGGCGUGCCCGCGCUGGCCUUCCGCACGGCGAGCGCGUGUAGCUUCUUGGCGUACAUGUCCGUGCCGAGGCUUGUCGAGCUCGGCGAGCUGCCGUUCCCUCCGGGCGGCGACCUCGACGAGCCGGUGCGUGGCGUUCCGGGCAUGGAGGGAUUCCUACGCCGGCGAGAUCUCCCGAGUCCUUGCCGCCAUCACGGUGCCAACAACAACGACGACGCCGCGGCCCUGCUGGGACGUCUGGCCGACGCCGCCGUGCACUGCAGCAAGGCACGUGCGUUGAUACUCAACACCGCCGCGUCGCUGGAGGCGCCAGCGCUGGCGCACAUCGCGCCGCGCAUGCGCGACGUCUUCGCCGUCGGUCCUCUCCACGCCAUGUCGCCCGCCCCGGCGGCGGCCACCAGCCUGUGGCGCGCGGACGAUGGCUGCAUGGCGUGGCUCGACUGCCAAGCCGACCGGUCCGUCGUGUACGUCAGCCUGGGGAGCCUCACCGUCAUCUCGCCGGAGCAGUUCACGGAGUUCCUGUCCGGGCUCGUCGCCGCCGGCAACCCGUUCCUCUGGGUGCUCCGGCCGGACAUGGUCACGGCGAGGCGGCGGCACGCCGACCUCCAAGAAUCUGUCACGGCGGCGGCGGGAGACAGCAAGGCGCGCGUCGUGGGGUGGGCGCCGCAGCGGGACGUGCUGCGCCACCGCGCCGUGGGGUGCUUCCUGACGCACGCCGGCUGGAACUCGACGCUGGAGGCCGCCGUCGAGGGCGUGCCGACGGUGUGCUGGCCGUUCUUCACCGACCAGCAGAUCAACAGCCGGUUCGUGGGCGGCGUGUGGAGGACGGGGCUGGACAUGAAGGACGUGUGCGACGCCGCCGUCGUGGCGAGGAUGGUGAGGGAGGCGAUGGAGUCCGGCGAGAUCAGGGCGUCGGCUCAGUCGGUGGCGCGGCAGUUGAGGAGGGACGUCGCCGAGGGUGGCUCGUCGGCGAUGGAGCUGAAGAGGCUCGUCGGCUUCAUCGGGGAGCUCGCCACGCCAAUCCAACACGCCAAAUCCGAAUCCGAAGUGUAGUGCGUUGGCCUCUCCCUCAGCUUUCCACAGCCACAAGAACUCAAAUCAGUGGCGGAGAUAGCUCCUGGGCAGGUCGGGCAGCCGCUCGGGCUCUGCUGCUGCCGUCUCCAUUGUCGUUAGCUGCCGGCACGUACAUAAAUCGGUUGGUCCCAGUCCCUCGCGCUUUACGACAGUACUGGCUCCGCCACUGACUCAAAUCUAAAUGAAACUCUAGACUCCAGAGUGAGAACACAAAUAAGUACUCCCUCCAUCUCACAAUGUAAGAAUCCAUCUCACAAUAUAAGCGAUUUUGAGUUUUUCUCGUAACAUUUGAUCACUUGUCUUAUUUAAUUUUUUUUGCAAAUAUAAAAAAUAAAAAGUUGUGCUUAAAGUACUAUAGAUAAUAAAGUAAGUCACAAAUAAAAUAAAUAAUAAUUUCAAAAAAAUUUGAAUAAGACGAGUGGUCAAAUGUUGCAAGCAAAAACUCAAAAUCCCUUAUAUUAUAGGACGGAGGGAAUACGUUCAGAGCAUAGAUUAGAUUUUUUUUCCUCCCACAUUUGUAUUUGAAACUUUCUAUGGUAAUAGAUAUAUAUUGUACCAAUAUUGGUAAUUUUUCACGACUUA